AGACACAUUGUAGGAGUUAUUUAACUCCAGGAGGUGUCAGUAGAGCACAAUGCGGAUGCCAGCUACUGUACAGCUUCAAAGAACAAGAACCAGAAGGAACCUUUCUCGUGCAGUUAAGACGUGUACGGAGCUCUUGACGGGUACACACAUUAAUGCUGUUAAUGCUAGCAGGAGGUGCAGCUAAGUUAGCCUCACCGGCUGACACUAGUUCACAUUGUUUAUCUCACUAGUUUACUGUCAAUGCAAUUCACUUAACGGCUGAGGAGCUGCGUGACAGUGAGGUGCUUUCUACGUGCCACUGUUUGGUGAAACAUUCAUGCGGCUGAGGUGCUAAAGAAAUGAGAGGAGGAGUGUGUGUCGUCUGACUCCGCUCUCGGAUCGCCAUGGAGAAGCCCUGGAGGCUGUGGGGGGCGAUCGAGCGUUGCACCCUGACUCUGGCCUCCUGGUCCUGGGGUGCUUGUCGAGUCUCUCUUUUGGCCCUCAUCCUCACCUUCCACCUGUAUGGGGGAUUCUUCCUCCUGGCUCUUAUCCUGGCCUCUGUGGCAGGCAUUCUCUACAAGUUUCAGGACGUGCUCCUCUAUUUCCCCGACCAGCCCCCCUCCUCUCGCCUUUAUGUUCCCAUGCCAACGGGAAUCCCCCAUGAAAACGUGUACAUUCGCACCAAGGACGGUGUGAAGCUUAACCUCAUCCUGCUUCGCUACACAGGAGGCGACCAGCCUCCUGGAGUCAACCCUGGCAAUCAAAGCAGCCCCACUUCCUCUGCUCCGCCUACCAUCCUUUAUUUCCAUGGUAAUGCAGGUAAUAUUGGCCACAGGGUGCCAAACGCCCUGCUGAUGCUGGUCAAUCUGAAAGCCAAUGUGGUGCUGGUGGACUACCGCGGCUACGGGAAGAGCGACGGCGAGCCCAGCGAGGACGGGCUGUUCCUGGAUGCCGAGGCCACGCUGGACUACGUCAUGACCCGCCCUGACCUGGACAAGACAAAGGUCGUGCUCUUUGGCCGCUCGCUGGGGGGUGCCGUGGCCGUGCGCUUGGCGUCGGUCAACCCUCACCGCGUAGCCGCCAUCAUUGUUGAAAACACCUUCCUCAGCAUCCCCCACAUGGCGGCUACACUCUUCUCCUUCCUGCCCAUGCGCCUGCUGCCCUUGUGGUGCUACAGGAAUCAGUUCCUGUCCUAUCGACAGGUCGCGCUGUGCCGCAUGCCCUCGCUGUUUGUGUCCGGUCUGUCGGACCAGCUCAUCCCCCCCGUCAUGAUGAAACAGCUUUAUGAGCUGUCUCCCACGCGGACUAAACGUCUUGCUAUCUUUCCAGAGGGCACGCACAACGACACGUGGCAGUGUCAGGGCUACUUUGCUGCUUUGGAGCAGUUCACAAAAGACCUGCUGAAGAGCCACGCGCACGAGGAGAGCGCUCAGCCCUCAUCUAGUGUCACCAUUAUCUGAACAAAAUCAUUUGAUUUGUUGACUUCAAGUGAUGAGCCGGAGUGAUUGCUGUCAAAGGCUCUUUUAUUGGAAAGAAUGUACAUUUGCUUCUGUUUUUGUCUGGAUUUCACUUUCUUCUGUUUCACUUCCUGUAAAUAUAUCUUUUAACAUAAUUUGACUAUUUCAUGGCGUCAAAGGAGGGCAACAAACUUCCCUCAUGGCUUAUUUUGUGUUGUUGCUAUGAAGGCAUGUUUAUGCCUUUAGACAAAUGAAGCCAGACUGCGAGACCUGUCACAACCGCAGACGACUUGCUGUUAUCAGGGUCUUUCCUGAGUAAAAACCCCUGGAACAUUUGCUCAUUGUCUGAUGACUAUAUGAGCCACUACGAUAUUUCAGUAAAUACUGAUUUGACUGGAAUUGGGAGAAUGGGGUUGUUCUGGCAACCAAAAUAAGACACUGACAAUAUUUAGGCCUAAUCUGUAUAUAUCUCCAUGAAUACAUACCUUUUGUUGUGUUUUACCCGAGUAGGCUAACAUCUCCUGUGUAAUACCUGAGGAGGAUCAGGAUGGGUUUUUUCUCUGAAAUUGUUGAGGAUCAUCAUUGCAUCUUCCUGGCAUGACAAGACAUAUUACUGAUCAAUUUACACAUAUAUGGUUAACUUUCCCCUGUGGUUUGUUGAGGACAAUUUUGCUCUUGUGUUUGGUUUUGUUAAUAAAUGAUGGGUGCAGAUCUAUUCAAGUCUAUCUUGGCUCGACACUAUAACACAUGAUCACUUGUAUACUGAAAUAUUGCUGCUUGCUGUAAUCUUCCUGUCCUUACUGAUCUUGACGAAAUGUUGGUCACUUCCAAGUCGUCUCUUUAAUGCAAAAGAAUAUUCCAAAGUUGAGCAGAGGACAAUAUGAGACUUAAGCCGUCUCUGUAAGAGACGAAUCAAGUGUACUUUCCCAUGUGUUAUUGUUCCUCCAGGUCAAAAGAAAAUACAGUCCAGAAAAUCCUGAAUAUACAUUUUGUGUUGCAAAAAAGCCUUUGAACUGAUUUAGAUUGAAACUCCCAUCGUACAAUCCAACAUAACCAGGAAAAUAUUUCAUGAGGGCGAGUAUAGAGCAUAAACAGCACAUUAUGUGAAUAUCUAAAGAAGAAACUUCCUAUGAGCAUGAAUUUCGGGGGAAUCUUCUGCAAUGAAAAAAGAGUUUGCUGGUAUUUUACUUAAUGUACUGAUGCAGCUAGAAGUGCACCCUUAUCCUACCAAAUGCAGACAAGAUUCCUUCAUCUUUUACAAUGGUAUUCUGCUAAAUGAACCUUACAUGUGAUAUUCUGCAGGGCAUUUACAAUUCAAUUGGACUACUUGACACGGAAAGAUACUCAAUAGUACCAUUAAAAAAAAAAAAAGGAUCAAUAACAAUUUUGCAACAAAAUGCAAGUUUUGGUAUUUGAGUAUUUUACUAAGAUAGUCCUGAAACAAAUAUAAACAUUCUUUAAGAACUUUAGUUUUUGGUGUUAAAGCCUUUAAAUGUGAAUCUCUUCAGCCAUAACUGAUUGUUUCUGACGAGUAAGAAAACCGAAACUGAACAAACACAUUUGUUUGUCUCUGAGCUUCAAACGGCCUCGAGGCUGCUACGAACCAGUUGUACAGAAAGAAGUGUGCGUUACAAGAAGUAACACAUAGAUGCUCUUCUCUUCCUCCUCGUGACUUUUCGGCCUCUAGCAGGAAACACGAGUGGGAUUUCUCCCAACAAAUGGUUGUCAUUGUGUAAUCUAAAUUCAACCAAAGUAGGAUUGAGGCACUCGGCUGCAGAUACUUCGUUUUACUCGCUUCUCCUGUGCGCUCGGUUUAAGAAAAGAUGCAACUCAUCAUUCAUUUGAUUUAUUGAAUUUUGGCUUUAAGAAAAAUUAUUUCUUUCUUUGAUUUUCUUUUCCUAUCCAAGUGUAUUGAUACUGUCUAAUGUUGACAAAAAGAAAUGGAAUCAAAAUGAAUGUCUUCAUUUUUUUAAUUUACCGGGUACCCUGCAAAUGCACUAUGGAACAUAUUUAAUAUGUUCAUAUGAUUGUUAAUAGUGAAAUGGAUGCUGUCCAAAGUGUUGCCAUAACUUAGGAUUUGCAGGCCGGCAUGUGACAUGUUGAGUCUGUAACGCACCUGAACAGUGUCGACUAUAUUUGUGUUCAUCUACAAUGACUCACAGAAAACACGUGACGAGUCGGACAUGUGAAUGAUUCAUCUUCAGUAUGAAGCCGUCUGUUUGAGUGAUUUUUUUCCAUUUCACUUACAUAUGUUUCUUUUCUAUUUUAAAACAAUGUCGACUUCUUUUGUAAGUGCACAUUUUCACUUUCUAUUUUCUGUACUGUAAAGCAAUAAAUUGAUACAUUGAAA